GGAAACAGGCACGGGUGGUGACGACGACAACCAGCUUAACUUCGGCGUUUCAAGACCAUCUCGGUUUCCACUUCACCUCUUUCACCUCACAUUCAACACAAUUACACAUGGCUGCUUCGAGCUCGCAAGGAAUCAAUACGCUUUUGGAAGCCGAACGUGAGGCUGCCAAAAUUGUGCAAAAAGCCAAACAAUACCGAGUGCAGCGCUUGAAGGAUGCCCGCUCCGAGGCUGCCAAAGAAAUCGACGACUUCAAGGCUCAGAAAAACCAGGAGUACCAGAAUUUCGUGUCACAGCACUUGGGAGAGACCGACCAGAGCCACAGCAAGGUGGAUACCGAAACUGACGCAAAGAUCGCCGAAAUUCAGGCAGCAGUGGCAGAGAACAAGGAAAAGGCUAUUGAGAAAAUGCUCGAGUCUAUCACCAACGUUCAAGCUGCUCCUCAUCACAAUGCCCGCGUCGUCCAAGCUUAAUGUUUGCCUAUAUUCCCCUAGUUUGACAUCUUUUUGUGUUAUCUUUUGUUCCUGCUGAUUUUAUCGUUCUUUAUCUCGCGGUUUUUAUGCCGUCUGCAGAUGAGUGUUGAUUGAUCCAUUCAAAAUAACAUAAAAGGAAGAACAACGAUUAUUGUCAUUGGAGAAAACAGAGGCCAAUAGGUGGCGAGCAUAGAUAUUUUUUAUAUGAAUG